CACCAACCCGAACCGGCCUCUUUAACCACAAGCCCUGCAAUAUAGCGUAGCAGCAAACCCAAGAAAAACCAGCCACAGCAGCGAGCUCUGAAGCUGCAAUGGAAGAAGAAAUUGAAGUCGCACGUCCCCGAGGCCGGCACAUAAGGAAGAGGGCUCUCAAGAACAAAGCUGUCGCCAUCACUUUCAACGAGAAAGAUCUUUGCGACUUUGUGGGUGGGUUUCAUAAGAGGAAGAAGAAAAGGAGAAAGGAAGCCGAGAAGCAGCAAGAGGAGGCGCAGAGGAGAAAGCGUAUUGAGCAGCGAAAAAAGAGGAAACUGGAGAGAGAAAUGGUUGGUGGUGGAGCUCCACCUGCCACUGGUUCAGCACCUGAUGAGAAUGAUGAGUGCCAAGAAGAGGAUGAGGAAAAUGAGCUAAUUGCAUCUAUUUCUGGGACAACAACGUAUGACAAUGGCAACAUGAAAGUCACAGUGACAACAAGUGAGAUCUCUGGCGAAGAAGAAAUCCUUCCAAGUGACAAAACGCAGGUAGCAGUGCUGCAAUUAAUUGGAGCUGAUAAGAAGCACAACGUGCCUGUGAGUAAGAAGAAAGCAUUCAAGAGAGUUGCGAAAAGAAAAUCACGGCCAAAGCCUCAAAAUAAAAGAGACAGAAAGAAGGGAAAGAAAAAAAACAAAAAGACGGGAUAGCUGUCUGUCUGGAUCAUCCUGUUCUUCUAUUGACUGAUCAUGAAAUUAAUGAGCUUGGCUGCCUGAUAACUUAUGCUUGGCUGUGCAAAGUUUUGGUAUAUGAUAGCUGAGCCGCCGGCCUUGCUUUAUGUAUAAUGUUUAUCAUGAGAUUUUGUUGUGAAGAGUGAGCCUAAUUUCACUCUGCUUCACUUCGAACCUUCGAAAUAGUGUUGCAGUGGAUUCUUUUUCCCCUUUACUGCAUUAUCAAAAUAUGAUUAUAGCCGUAUUCUUUUCA